AUGAAAAAAUACUGGGAUGUUAUUUCAUCAAAAUUUGUUUUUAGACGAUUGUCGUCUGUGAAGGCUUUGGAUCAAUCUUCAUCAAACGAUGAUAACGAUGAACAACUCGAACCCCUCAUGGACGAAAAUAAGCAACUCCCCCCUUCGAGUCACAAGAAACCUUCAUCGCCGCGCCUGUUCGUGUUCUCGUUGCCGCUGCUAGCUUUGAUUUUCAUUGCAUUUAUCGCUUUGACCACAAUCGUCGGACAAGUGCUUCGCAGAACGACAAUGAGCGGUACACACCACGACGUGGGUCCGAAAGUUUUGAUCAAGCCCUGCGGCAGCACCCCCCAAGAAGCUAGGGAGAAAGGAUGCCAUUUCGAUGUCAUCUCCUUUUGCUGGCUCCCAACGCAAUGUUACGAUUCAGACCUGUCGCGCGACUUCGACUUACAGAACCACCUGGAAUGGUUCCUGGACCCUCACCGCACCCAGCCCUUGACCCACGAGCAAAUCAUGACGGGCGAGUACACUGGACUUUACGUCAACUGGGAGUACCAUGUGCGGCACUGCACGGCGAUGUGGAAGAAGAUGCAUCGGGCCAUCUUACAUGGAGAUGGACAUGGGGAUAAGGCAAUUGACGGCUACAUAGGAGCGUACGAGCACACGAAGCACUGCGAGCACAUGCUGUUGGCGGGGAGGAAUAUUGCGCCCGAUAUCAUAAACACCCGAAUCGCUGUGAAGUAUCCCGAUUGUGGCAUUUGA